UUUUUUUUUUUCUUAUCUUAUUUUUUUAAAAAAAAAAAAAAAAUGACAAUUCACCUUGAGCAAAAUAGAACAGAAUCAAGUGAUGGAAAAACCUUUCAAUAUCAAAAGCAAUUACCAAAGCUUCCUAUUCCAAAACUUGAAGAUACAGCAACACGUUACCUUGCUGCCUUAAAACCUUUACAAACAACAGAAGAACAUGAGGCUACCAAGAGAGCUGUUGCCUUCUUUCUUGAAAAGGAGGGUCCAGAGCUCCAAUCAAAACUUACCGCUUAUGCUACUGAUAAAUCCUCUUACAUUGAGGAGUUUUGGUACGACUCUUAUUUACACUUUAGAGAUCCAGUUGUGCUCAACUUGAAUCCUUUCUUUCUACUUGAAGAUGAUCCAACCCCACAACGAAAUGAUCAAGUCAUUCGGGCUUCCUCUCUGAUCUAUUCGACACUUACCUUUAUUCAUGCUCUCAAGACACGACAGUUGGAACCAGACGUGAUUCGUGGUACACCUCUUUGCAUGUCUCAAUUUGAUAGACUCUUUGGUACAGCUCGAAUCCCAACCCAUGACAGCUGUUAUAUUGCUACCACUACCCCUCAUUUGGAGAGUCGACAUAUCAUCGUCAUGGCUCAUUCUCAAAUUUAUCAUUUUGAGGUCUUUGAUGAGGGCUACCUUGCAUUGACUGAGAAGGAGAUCGCGGCUAGUCUAAAGGCUAUCUUAAGGGACGCUGUCGAGACGCCCAUUCGUGAAGUCGCUAAGAGGGCAGUAGGUAUCUUGACUACGGAAAAUCGUCGUAAUUGGGCUAAAUUACGUCAGAAUUUACAAAGCGAUCAAGUCAAUCGUGAGGCACUUCGAGUGAUUGAUGAGGCCUUGUUUGUGGUCUGCUUAGAUCAUGUGGAACCGAAUUCAUUAGAGGAUCUGAGUAAUAACAUGUUAUGUGGUACCUAUCAGCUUGAAAAAGGUAUUCAGGUCGGAACUUGUACCAAUAGAUGGUAUGAUAAAUUACAAAUUAUUGUGUGUCAAAAUGGUAGUGCGGGAAUAAACUUUGAACAUACAGGCGUAGAUGGUCAUACAGUUUUACGUUAUGUAUCUGAUAUUUAUACGGAUACCAUUUUACGUUUUGCAAAGACGAUUAAUAGUCAAACACAAUCUAUAUUUCACAACUAUAGAAAGAAAGAAGAAAGACGUAGAAGUUCUACUUCAGAUUCAUUCUCUUACUUUGAUCAUAAUCCUCGUAAGAUUGAAUGGAAAAUGACGGAUGCUCUUGAACAAGGUAUUCGUUUUGCAGAGACAAGAAUGAGUGAUUUAAUCUUACAAAAUGAAGUCAAAGUGUUGGAAUUUGAUCAAUAUGGAAAAAACUUUAUCACAGAUAUGAAAAUGAGCCCUGAUGCAUUUGUACAGGUAGCUAUUCAGGCAGCUUAUUAUGGUCUGUAUGGAAAAUCUGAAUGUACAUAUGAACCUGCUAUGACCAAAAAUUUUUUACAUGGUCGAACAGAAGCGAUUCGUUCUGUUACCCUUGAGUCGAACUAUUUUGUUGAACAAUUUUAUAAUGCUACUAGCAGUCAAGAUGAAAAGUUAGAAGCGCUUCGUGCAGCUCUUAAAGCUCAUACUGCAAUCACACGUGCUUGUUCUCAAGGACAAGGACAAGAUCGUCAUCUUUAUGCCCUUGAAUGUCUUUGGGAUCGUCUCUAUGCUGCUGAUAAACAACAACAACAACAUAAAAAGCCUUCCAUCUUUACUGAUAAAGGCUGGCAAACCCUUAAUCACAGUGUUAUUAGUACAUCUAACUGUGGUAAUCCUGCUUUAAGAUUGUUUGGAUUCGGACCUGUCGUUUCAAAUGGUUUUGGUAUUGGUUAUAUUAUUAAAGAAGAUCGUAUCUCGUUUGUAGCUUCUUCAAAGCAUCGUCAAACAGAUCGAUUACUACACACUUUACGAAACUAUUUAACAGAUGUUCGAACAAUGUUACUUAAAGAAAAAUAUCCAGGAGGUGUCUCACAUCGUCAACGUAUUUUGGCUCUCGAAGAACAAUGGUAUCAAGAUGGUUAUAGUUAUUUCGAUAAUGGACAUGACACUUUACCCCAAAAGACUUCCCCUAAAGUGGGUAAACGUUUAGUGAUUCGUGAAAAUGAUGAAUAA